AUGGAUAAUAUCGAGACGGUAUAUCAUGCAAUUGCGGUAUUAAAUGGGUCUGAUAGUAUUGCAUGCAGCAAAGCUAGCAUCUGGCUUGGAGAAUUUCAAAAAUCCGUGUAUUCAUGGUCCAUUUGUGAUCGUAUAUUAUCUGAACAUCGAGAUUCGACAGCCAGUUACUUCGCUGCUCAAACAAUGAGGCAGAAAUUGUUGCAUUCUAUAAAGGAAUUACCGUCUUCUUCACAUUUGUCUUUGAGGGAUUCGUUAAUUAAUCAUUUGAGGAAUUACGAGUCUUAUCCACUUGAAAGGAAUUCGGUAAUCAUAACUCAGCUUUGUUUGGCGCUUUCUGAUCUUUAUUUACAAGUGCCGGAAUGGACUAAUUUCGUUGCAGAAAUUCUUGAGAGGUUCGGAACACCUGAUAAAACUCCUGUUUUACUUACUUUUUUGAAAACCCUGCCAGAAGAGGUACAAAGCUCACAUCUAAGGAUUGGUGAGAAUCGGCGCCGUGCAGUAAACACAGAACUAGCACAGAAGACACAAGCAGUUAUUCAUUUUUUAAGUCAAGUUUGUGUUUUUAAUAGUAAUGACGAUGCGAUACUGAAAAGAGUUCUGAGCUGCUUCAGCUCCUGGUUGCUAAAUCCGCUAAUUCCAACUGAUGAUAUUGCAGCAAGCGAACUGCUCAAAUAUGUUUUCUCACUUUUGCAGAAUCCAAAUUCACCCAGUUCAUUACAUGAUUCGGCUUGUGAAUGUAUUGUAUCAGCGUUAUAUCGUGCUGAAGAUACCAAUGUUAAUCGUGCUUUAGCCGUGGCUCUGCAAACUGCAUGCUAUGGGAUGGCGGAUAGCUUUUCAAUGGCUGUCGCGAACGAUGAUUUUGAUAGAUUACAAGGAUAUGCUCGAGUGUUUUGUGAAUUAAGUGAAUCACUCCUAGAAUGUAUGAUCCAAGAGCCAGGACAACAUCUUGGUGAUUUUCGAAGCAUCGAAAUGCUCCUUCUUCUAGCAGGCUAUCAUGAUUAUAAUCUAGUGGAAAUGACAUUCAACAUUUGGUACCGUCUUUCUGAAUAUCUGUAUGAAAGGAACGAUGAUGAUUUGAACACUCAGUUCAAGCCAUACAUCGAACGGUAUAUCAUGGCACUCUAUAAGCACUGUCGGUUUGACACUGAUCAGGAAGAUGUUCCGGACGAGAACGAUGAUUUUGUUGAGUUUCGAGGUCAAGUUUCCGACACACUCAAGGAUGUUGUUUUCAUCGUUGGAACUGAUCGGUGCAUCCAAAGCAUGUUCUCAAUACUGCAAUCGGUUUCAUCAGGUUCUUGGGACGAAUCGGAAGCUGCUUUGUAUAUUAUUUCAGUGAUCGUACAUAACGUUCUUCCGACCGAAGAAACAGUGGUUCCUCUUUUGGUUCAUGCUGUACUGGUUAUGCCCGUUACAUCUCAUCCGAUACUGACUAAUACCUCUAUUAAAUUACUUGGAAAUUUAAUUGAUUGGUUACACGAAAAUAAGCAAUAUCAAGAACCAUGCAUUACUUGGUUACUGGAUAAAGUACAAAAGCCGUGCUUCGUUCGAGCCGCUUCCGAAUCUCUUUACGGGAUCUGUGAAAAGUGCGAGAGUAAUUGUUUGGAGCACUUUGAUUCUAUAUUUGCCAUCAUUCCAUUUCUGGAAAAUGGCGAAAACAAAGGACAACAGCUGGAAAAUUCCAUCCUCCUACUUCUUCAGGCUUGUUCUUCAAUGCUGAAUGGUUUACCAGGAGAAGAAACUGCAACCCGGUUAAGGCGGUUAAUUGAGCCGCAGACGACAAAUUUGGCUGAACUUCUUAAAUCAAAGGUGGAUAUAUCACCUAACGAACCACAAGACAGUAACGAGAAUGCAUCAGAUUCAUGGUAUCUUUUGAGUCGUGAUCCGGUUUUAUGGGUCGAUAGAAUAGCUGCAGUCUUCCGACAUGUUCAACCGUGGACGCAUCAAGCAUGCAAUCCGAAGAAUACCGUGCAGAACGGAAGUUCCACAAAUACAAAUGAUAAUGUUCCAACACUAUGGAUUGCAACUGUGAAAGAAGUUUGGCCGUUUGUUUUAGAAACUUGCAGAAAAUAUGAAAAAAAUACUCGAGUCGUUGAACAUUGUUGCCGUGCGAUACGAUUUAUGAUACGCUUUUUGGAAGUCCAUUCAAUUAUUUUUAUUGAAUCCCUUGUUGAGCAGAUGGUUGAUAUAUAUAAUCGUCAUCCUCAUUCAUGCUUCCUGUAUUUGGCCAGUAUUUUGGUUGAUGAAUACGGUCAUUUGGAUAACUGUCGCUCCGGAUUAGUUCAUAUGCUUAACAUUUUAUGCAACGAUUCGUUUAAGCUACUGCAGGAACAAAAUGGUUUUCGCAAUCAUCCUGAUACAAUCGAUGAUAUGUUUAGAUUGGCUAUCAGAUUCGUGCAGCGUGCGCCGUCAGUAUUUUUCCAAGAACCAAUGAGUGCACAGUUGUUUGAAUGUGGACUGGUUGGUUUAGGUGUUGAUCACGUUGAUGCAAAUAGAUCAGUAACCAAAUUUUUUUCCGAAUGUAUUACAUCGUUACUCAUCGCGAGAAAGUCCAAUUAUCGGGAUGCAGGUGUAGAAGGAGCUGAACAACUAUUUUUAAAAUACGGCGAGAGACUGAUUAGCGGGUCUCUUCAAGCGGCAGUAUUCAGCGUUUCGGGUACUUUAAAGCGGGAUAUGGCUGAAAUUAUCUAUUUAAUUGGUAAACUAUCGAAAGAGCAGUUAUCUGUUUGGUUGGAAGCAACGUUGGAGAAGUUUCCUCACAAUGAGGGUCUUUGUGCAACGGUAGAACAACUAGAAUGGUUUCACAAAAAUGUGCUGGAGUCUGCGGAUUUACGACAAGUAUACGCUCAGAUUCGUGAUUUAAUUCGACUUUAUAUGUAA